AUGGCUGCCGGAGACGACGAUGACGGGAAGCUGAGCGUGCCCAAGUUCUCUUCUUUCAAGCCAAAGGGGUCGAUUCCAAGCGCAGAUGCUCAGAGCGGGAGACCCAAAGCUGAGCCAAGGGAAAAGGAGGAGCGUCGACAUCGAUCCAGCAGGCAGGAUUACCGUUCGCAACAUCGGCACCAUAACCGUCAUCGACGGGAGAGACCGCAUCGGGAAGAGGAGCAUCCCGACUCCCGAGACCGCGAGCAAACGCCCCGUCGUAGGGAAGAGCCCAAGCACCUGCCCGACAGAGGCGCUGUAUCUUCUGUCCCUGGCCUCUUCGUCAUCGAUAAGAAAGGCGAUCCGCUCAUUAGAAAAUAUGGGCUGGAGCGGUCCAAGGUACCGUCAUACUAUCGCCUUCGUGGCGGCAGGGUUCUGGGCACAAAUGGACGUCUCUUCCUGCACCACGACGGACCAAGAGAGGAAUUCAGCCUGCUGUUUCCCGGGGAAAAGAAGCCUGGCUCCCGCGACACUGGUGGCUUAAGGUCGAGAGACUGGCAGAAGCGUGAUCCUGUCAAGCUACGGGCGAGGAGAGGGAAAUCACCUGAAGACGUCGGAGAAGGCUACCUGUCUUUGGUGAAUCCAAAGAAACGCAAGAGACUUCACAAAAACAGCGACUCGUCCGACGCAGAGAAUCAGCCGUCGUGGAGGUCGAUUGAAGGCAAAGCGAAAGCAGUCCGAGACGUCAACAGUGAUGCGCAGGAGAGCGAGGGCUCGUCGAGCGAGUCCGGUGUUUCGGACCAUGAUAAUCCCCUGAAAUGGAAAUCCAUCCAGCUCAACAGACAGGUCAAAGAUCAUCCAGACGACAUUGAAGCCUGGCUGGAGCUGGCCGACCACCAGGAUGCUUUGCUGCGGGAGGGAGAGACGAUUGACGACAGAGCCGCCGAGAACACGGCACACAGCUUUACCGAGAUCAAAGUGCACCUGCUCGAGUCGGCACUCACCCACGCGUCACGCCCCGAAGAUCGCCAGAGGGUCCUGGUGGCUCUCAUGCGCGAAGGUCUCAAGGUCUGGGACAAAAACGUUGCGGCAAAAAAAUGGUCCCGACUUUCCGACGACGAGCUUCACAGUUUUGAGUUGUGGAAGACGCAUCUGGACUAUUCCAUGUCGAGCAUCGCCACAUUUCAAUACGAAGAUAUCAAGAAGAUGAUACUCAAGCGGCUUCAUCAGGUUGUGUCGCGAGCGACGAAGUUCUUCCGCGAUGCCGGGUACAAAGAGCUCGCCGUGGCGGCAUGGCAAGGCCUUUUGGAGCUCAAUUUGUUCAAACCGGAGAACGCGCAGAGCCAGAGUGAGACGCUGGCCGCGUUUGAAAAGUUUUGGGAGGAAGAGAGCCCGAGAAUCGGAGAGGCAGGUGCUCAAGGUUGGAGACACCGCGUCGAGAGCGGUGGAUUCGAAGACGCGCCCUGGGCCGUGGCGGACAAAGAGCCCGCAGAGACGCGUUUGCGAGAUCCAUACCAAGCAUGGGCAGCAGCCGAGCGCGCUCGAGGGAACAAGGCUUCGUUGCCAGCGAGAACCAUGGACGCUGACACCGACGAUGAUCCUUUCAGAGUCGUGAUGUACUCGGACAUUGAACCAUGGUUAUUCGUCAUUCCCCGGGCUGGAUUACCGCAUGCGACUCCGCAGCUCAUUGAUGCCUUUUUGCUAUCCUGCGGGCUUCCGCUUGCACUCAGAUCCAACGACUGGCUGGAGACGGCGUACCACAGCCAGUUCCUGACGGGGACCAGCACUGAUAUGCGCCCACAGCCCGCCUGGGACGAGGCAGAAUGUCAGGAAGCUUCGCAGAGAAGACCGCCUUCGUUCAGCAAUGGAAACUGCUGCGCAAGGAUGUCUCCCGAGUUGCUUUUCAGCAGGAGCAGCUGGUUCCAGUACUUUGACGUGGCCGGCAAGGAACACGCUAUUGACUUGUCUUGGGCGGAGACGGCGUUGAAGCAGCUCGUCCACUCGACCUGUAUUUCGGACCUUGCCCUGUACUAUCUGGGGCUCUGCUUUGCCAGGAAGCCCGAUCUCAUCAAGAAACGAGCGAAGGCUCUCCUGACGAGAUAUCCUACCGACGUGCGGCUCUAUAAUGCCUAUGCUUUGGCCGAGUUUGCCAACGGCAACGUCGAGAUUGCGAGCAUGGUGCUAACAUCCGCACUCGAAUCGCCAGAACUGUCUGCGGCAUCAACGGGAUUUCUCCUGCUCAAGACAUGGAGCUGGAUAGAGCUGGAAAGUGGUGACAAGAAGAUGGCAACGAAGCGUUUGUGUGCCUGUGUCGAUGAGUCCUUGCGCAAGCCCAAACUGGGACAGGAUGGUCUGUCGCCCGCGACGAUUCUCAAGGCCCGUCAAGCCUUUACGUCCAAUGCCCAGCAGUGCCUGUACGAAGGGCAAUGGGAAACCGCCAGCAGCCACGCUGAGUGUUUGGCGCUCUUGUCCUAUCUAACAGGCGAAGGGGCGAGUGAGCCAAUAUCGGCAGGCCAAGGCAAUAUCUCGGCUGCCAUGGAUGUCGUCGAAUCGAUGUCAAAGGAGAUGCGAUUGCACGAAUGCGGAAACGGUGCCAGCGAGCUGCUUUUCCAGUGGGCUUCGAGAAUGCUUUACUCUCAUGCUGCCAAAGGGCCAUUUCGAAGAGUGUACGUGCGGGAGCAGCUGGCUCGUUUUAUCGAAGGGUUCCCCCGAAACACCAUCUUAUUGAACCUUUUUGGAUGGGCAGACGCGACCAUACGGGUGGUUGACGAGACGCGACAGCUGCUCUACGACAAGGUGCUGGUAAAGAAGCACGACUCGGUGAGCAGCCGGGUGUUUGCCAUCCAACACGAGCUGGGCUCCGGCAACGCCAACAACACGCGGGCAGCGUUUGAGCAUGCGAUCUGUAGCGAGGUGUGCAAACACAACGUGAUGCUCUGGGUUUGGUACGCUGGAUUCUGCCAGUCACAGAAACAGCUACAAGCCCUGGCCAAGCGCGUGUUUUACCGAGCACUGGCGCACUGUCCGUGGUCCAAGGAGGUGAUGAUGGAGGCAUUUGUGACGCUGGUGCGCGGGCUGGAGCCGGACGAGUUGCGGUCCGUGUACGAAACCAUGACGUCCAAAGGCUUGCGGAUUCACGUGGACCUCGACGAGUUUCUGGAGAGGACAAGCAUGGGGGCUACGUAG